AUGCACAAAUUUAUCUCGAUAGACUGCCUUUCAUUCCGAGAUAAUCCGAAGAGAAAUUAUUUUAUGUCGCCGAUUUUCAUUGGUGUAUUGUUAAUUAUCCAAUCAAAAUGUUUGUAUUUGCCCAAGUCUACUUUCAAUUUAUCCAGAGGGAAAAUAAGAAACACAUCAAACAGUAAACACUCCGUGAAGGUAGACAAACUUGCAGUUAUGGAGAACCAAGAAAACCCGAAAAAAAUCGCAACGUCGAAAAGGAAACGAAUGAAAGCUAUCCAAGCACAAAUCAGAAAUCAGAUGGAAUUUUACUUCAGUGACUCGAAUUUAACAAAGGACAGGUUUAUGAAAAGAAUGAUAGAAUCCUCUGAGAACGGAUAUGUAGACAUUGAACCAUUUAUGACAUUCAAAAAGAUAUCUAGCCUUACAUCAGAUGUUACCCAAAUAAGGAAGGCACUUUCACAUUCUGACUUUCUCGAGCUUAAUGAAGAUAAAACAAAAGUGAAGAGAAAAACCCCUAUUCAGGAAAUCAAAGAUUUAGAUGAAAAGACGGUGUAUGUGGAAUGUUUACCCAAGUCAGUGGACCAUCAGUGGAUAAAAAAGCUGUUCUCACCGUGCGGAAAUAUCACAUACAUUAGUAUACCAAAGUUCAAAAGCACAGGGGACAGAAAAGGGUUUGCUUUUGUGGAGUUCGACACAACAGAAGCUGCAAAGCGGGCAUGUCAGGAAUUAAACAACCCUCCUGUAAGGUCUGGAGAAACAGGUUCUCCUGGAAUCUUUCCCAAAUUUAACAAACAACUGGUCACCAUGCAGAGGAAACUGGAGGAAGUUGGAGAAAAUGAAAUGGAAGAAAAAGUACCAGAUGCUACAAAGCUGAGGAAGGGAAAGAGGCAGAGAAACAAGAACAGUGAAAGCAGCAUUGAUUUAUCCGAUGUAUCGCCAAAGAAAAGGAGAAGCACACACAGCACCGAGUCACUGGAGGGACAAGGAGAGGGUACCGGGUCAGGCAAAAGGAAGAGAAAGAGGAGAGAUUCUGACACCGAACUCAGUCACAAGGUAGAGGGAGAAAGUGGUGAAACUGAAGACAAAUCAAACUGUCCGAGAAAGGGCAAGAAACGGAAACAGAAAUCCAUGUCUGACACAAGUGCUAGUGAGUCGGACGUAAGUAAGUCUGGUGAAUUCAGUGGAUCAGAGACAGAGAAGAAAAGGAAGAUUUCUCAGGAGAAUAUUGGAGAAAAGAUUGGAGGGUCAGGUGAAAGCAAUGCAGCAACGUCUAAAGGGACAAGGGAAAAAACUCCUGGGAGUAAAUCAGAAAAGGGUGUUCAGGAGAGGAAAAGAGAAUCAGGUGGAGAUGCCGAGCUUCAUCACAAUGCACCACUAAAGUUAGAGAAGAAGGGUCUUGUUAGUAAGGCUGAGGACACAGGGAAAGGAACUCCCACAACAAAGAAGGACAAAAGAAAACGGAAGAAGAAACACAAGGAGAAAAGUUUGCCAGAGCUAAGAGUAAUUCCUAAAUUAGAAUGGAUACAACUGAAGAAGGAGUAUCUCAGUCUUCAAAAAAAGAGUAUGAACAAUCUUAAGCAGACAUUGAAGCAGAUAAAGAAGGAAGACUUGCCAGAAAAAAACAAAGAGCAUCAAGAGAUUGAAGCUUCUGAUAAGCCUACUGUGGAGCUACCUGGCUCUGUUGUCCAUUUUACCAGCGAGUCUCCAGUCUACAGGAAGCAGCUGAAGAAUGACCUAGGUUCUGAAGCACAAGUGGCCUAUGUAGAUGUAGUGGAGGGAGAGAAGGAGGGUUAUGUCAGGUUUAAGGACGCUGCUAGUGCUUCAAAGACCGUAGAUCAUUCCUGGCCCAACUACCAGUUUUCCUUACUGACAGGGCCUGAUGAGGAGACUUACUGGGAGAAACUGAAGUCAGACAAGAUGAAGAAAUAUCAGAAUAAACAGAAAAAGCAAGGCAAAAGGGGACAGAAGAAGCUAAUUGACAGAGCGCAGAAACUGAACAAGGAGAACAUGGAUCGAAUACACAUCCGAUACUCAGAAGAAGACUAAGGGACAAUACAAAGACUGACCUAGAGAUGUAUUCAAAAUAUACAUAGUGCACUCACUUCCACUUUGUACAUUUCAUAUUCUGUGUGUCAUUUUUAUACGCCUGUCGUUAGACAGGACGUAUUAUGUUAUGGCGCUGUCCGUGCGUCCGUCCAUGGUCAUGUUUUCCGGACUUUUUUCUGUAACGGAUGCAUGUACAACUUUGAAAUUUGGUCACUAUAUCUCUCUCAAUAAUUGUAAGAGUGAGUUUGCAUUUCAGCUGGAUUGGUCCAUCUUGACCUACUUUAGGGCUCUAAGAAGGUCAAACAGUUUUUUGGACUUUUUUUCGUUACAGAUGCAGAUAUUGCCCUGAAAUUUACACAUAAGCUUCCUUUUAGAGGAAUACAAGUUCAGUGUGCAUUUCAGCUGGAUUGGUCCGUCCGUCUGUGACCUACAUAGGAUUAAAAGUAGGUCAAACAGUUUUCCGGGCUUUUUUUCAUUAUGGAUACAGAUCUUGCCCUGAAAUUUAGUCAAAGGCUUCGUCUUGGAGGAAUACAAAUUCAGUUAACAUUUCAGCUGGAUUGGUCCAUCCUUGAUCUACUUUUUGACUAAAAAUAGGUCAGACAGUUUUCUGGACUUUUUUUCAUCAUGGAUACAGAUAUUGCCCUGAUAUUCAGUCAAAGGCUUCCUCUCAGAGGAAUACAAAUUCAGUUAACAUUUCAUCUGGAUUAGUCCAUCCUUGACCUACUUUUGGACUAAAAAUAAGUCAGACAGUUUUCUGGGCUUUUUUUUUUCAUUAUGGAUACAGAUAUUGCCCUGGUAUUUAGUCAAAGGCUUCCUCUCGAAGGAAGACAAGUGCAGUUAACAUAUCAGCUGGAUUGGCACACAAUGACGUACAGUGCUUUAGAAUAGAAGUAGGUCAAACAGUUUUCCAGAUUGUUUUCGGUAUGGUCACAGGUAUUGCUCUGAAAUUUAGUCACAACCUCCCUUUCAGAGAAAUACAUCAUCAGUUCACAUUUCAACUUAAUUGGUGCACCAUGACCUACUUUAGGGCUAAAAGUAGAUCAAAUGGUUUCCUGGACUUUUUAUCAUCAUAAAUAGAUAUUGCACAGACAUUUUGUCACAAUGUCACUCUCAGAGAAAUACAUAAUCAAUUUACAUGUCAGAUGGAUUGGUGCACCAUGACCCACUUUAAGGCUUUUCUAUUCAGAAUGUGUGUUGUAACAAUUCCGAGUGCACAAUAUGCUUCCAGGUUGAAUUUCAUUGUCCGAUGGGCGUAUAUUGUACCGUUUUCGGUACUUCUGUUAUUUGAUUAUGUUACAAUAAAGCCAUGAAUCAAA